ACAGUCUAUAAUGAUCCGUGAUACGUAGAAGUUCGUAGGUGUUGAGUGUGGUUAAGAAAACGUUUGUUUUAUUUGUGUCAGUGAUAUAUAGUUAAUUUCUAUCGAGAAUUUUAUAAUUUUAAUGUGCAUUUAAAAGUCGUUGCUACAAAUAAAAUAAAAACAAAAUGGGUGGUGGAGAUUUGAAUUUGAAGAAAUCAUGGCAUCCAUCUACUAUGAAAAAUAUGGAAAAAGUAUGGAAAGCCGAACAAGAAAAAAAUCAAGAGAAAAAAAGAAUAGCAGAAUUAAAAAGAGAAAUAGCAAUGGAAAGAGACCGAGAAGACAUGACAAAAUAUGCUAUGGAACAAGGUGUUAUAGAAAAAAAAGAUGAUAAGAAAUUAGAUUGGAUGUACAAAGGACCAAAUGAAAUGGUAAAUAGAGAAGAAUAUUUACUUGGUCGUCCAAUCGACAAAUCUUUCGAACAAGUAGCACAAGCACAGAAAGAUGCAGAUUUAAAUCGUGCACCAAAAAAUCAUGUGGAAUAUGAAUGUAUUCCGCCUUCUUUACGUUUUUUUUCUGGAAAUGAGCAAGUUGAUUUAGCAAGGAAGAUGCAAGAAGAUCCAUUGUAUGCUAUAAAAAAGAAAGAAAUGGAAACAAGAAGUCAAUUGUUAAAAAAUCCAGUCAAACUAAAAAAAAUUAAAGAGUUGCUAGAGCAACAAACAAAGAAAAAGGAAACAAAGAAAAAAAGCAAAAAGAAAAAAUCAAUAAAUAGCACAGAUAAUAGCGAUGAUGAAACUGAAUUAGAUAAUUUAUUAGCUGCAAAAUAUAAACAAUUGAAAGAUAAGAUUAGCGAAAAACAUUUGAUGAAGUCUAUGAAAAAAAUUAAGCAUAAAAGAAGGAAAAAAUCUAAGAAAGUUAGUAGUAAUUCUGAGAGUGACAGUAAUAGUGAAAGUGAUAGCGAUAGUGAAAGCAAUAAUAGUGACAGUGAUAGUAGCAGUAACAAUAGUAGUACUAAUGAAUUAGUUAAACGCAAAAAAAGAAAACGAAGUCACAAAAAGAGAAGCAGUAGUAAUGAUAGUGGAACAAUGCAUAGGAAAAAGAACAAAAAGAAAGACAAUGAAAAAAAAGAAAAGCAUAAAAAGUCAAGUACACACAAAAGUGAUGAAGAAGAUAGCAAAAAAUUACUUAAUAGAAAUAGCAACACAUAUACAAAAUCGGAUAGAACAUCCAAAAAAGAAAGAGAAUAUCAGUAUAGGAGGAAUACAGUGCAUAGAGAAGACAAUAGUUAUAAAGAUAAUGAAAACAAUAAGAAGAGAUAUAAAGAAAGGCCUUCAAUAGAAAAAUAUUUUGAUGAUAGCCAUAAAAGAAAAUCACAUCACUCUUCUUUUAAUUUACCUCACAAAAAGAUUAAUGAAGAUAGGAGAACUGAACAGAAAUGGAUUCCAAAAAAGAAACUUACAGAAGAGGAAAAAGAAAAACGUAGACAGGAAAUGAUGGCAAAUGCAACAUGGCGAAAUAAAGAACGAGAACGAAAUAUAAAACAGUAUCAUGAAGAAGAAAAGAAAGAAUUAUCAAACGAAAAAAUAUAUAACAGAGAUUUUAUUAGGAAACAAUUAGUUGCUGCAGCCGAAGUGGGCACAGUUGCAUCAAGGAUUAAAUCUAAUAUAAACAAUAUACAACGUUCUUGUCGAGCAAUGGAUACAAAUUUUGCAAAGCGAUGAGUCAUUAGUUAAACACACUUGUACAGUUGAAAUAUGGGAGUUGAAGAAUGACACGGUAAAUUCUCAGAUCUUUUUUAUACAUUUUGUAUAGAAAAUAAGAUAUAUGCAAUGGAUUUUUACUAAGAUAACUAUACAUAAAUAAGAUUACACAAUCUCUUGUACCAUAUACAAAUAUAUAUACAUUUCUCGAUUCAAA